CCUUUGUCUCACCAGUUCACACUACACCCUUCACACAAACCUCAAAAGGAGCACCCUUUUCCCUUUUUCUCUCUAUUCUCCCUCCCUACUUGUUUCCUUUUAUUCUUGCCCUUUUCGUUUCGUUGGGUUUUGUUUAGUCUUUCUCUCUGAGGGUUUUCUUUUGAGAUUGCUCUUGUGGGUUUCUUCGUUUCUAUGGUUUUGGAGGAAGUCUGAGUGUUGGCUGUGAGGAAGGAAUCUAUGGCUGCUCUGCUACUGUUUUUCCUUUUGGCCGUCUCAGCAGUUUCCGCUGAUGAAGAUUUUGAGCAAACAAAUCCUUUAAUUUGGUCUUUAAAAUUUCAAUAUUGCUGCACCAAGACAUGUUCUUCCUGAAAAAUGCGGACUUGGAAAAGGGGGUGUGAGAGAGAGAGAGUGCAUUUAGCUGAUUGGUUAAAUUUCCUUCUCUGGCCAAAGCAGGGGUAGUCUCUGCGAGAAAUCUUCCCCCUGUUGAAAGUUUCCGAUCUGUCGUCAGCUUUUCAAUCAAAACUAUUGCGUCCCAGCUGGUCCAGCUCAUUUGGCGGUCCUUUAAACCUAAACUACAUUUGCAGAUAAAUGUACAAAAAAUUGUGGGACCAAAAUACCCUUAUUGGAGAAUCCAAAAGAUAGUGUUAAAUGAACACUUGGGUUCUGGAAAUCUACUAUUUCAUUGGGCAUUGUUGUCAUAUUAGUCAAGAAGAUAACAUGCCCCAUGGUCCAAUAUAUUUUAUGCAUUAGCCCAUCACCUCUCUCAGCUGUUCUGUUUAUGGAGCUUUUUCUGCCGAGCAUUCUCAAAUGUAUCUUUUUAAGCGUGAAGAGAAAAGGGAAAAAACUUCUAGAUUAUAUUGAUUUGAAGGCAUUCACUGUUCAUUGAUCUAUGUAAUUGCCUGAUGUUUCCCUUAUGUACCAGAUGCCAGUACCAUUAAUUAGCAUGGUUUCAAUUUUCCAAAUGUUUAUUCAUUUUUAUCUGUGAUUCUGUUGUUGAUAUAAGAUUUUAGGACUCUUUCUCUCCCCUCCCCUCCCUCUUAAAAAAAUUAAGAGAGAGAGAGAGAGAGCAACAAUCUGGAAAAUGACCUUGAAGCUUGUCAUUAGUGGAAAUGAGGUGUCACCUUUUUAUUGAUGGAGAGAUCCAACUUGUUAUAUGCCUUCAUCGGUGUAAACCUUGGUACAGACCUCUCUGACAUGCCAAGCCCAACUCAGGUGGUGGCACUUCUUAAAGCUCAAAAUAUUCGACAUAUCAGGCUCUAUGAUGCAGACAGAGCCAUGCUUCUCGCUCUUGCAAACACAGGCAUCCAAGUGACUGUUUCUGUUCCCAAUGAUCAGCUCCUUGGGAUUGGUCAGUCCAAUGCCACUGCUGCCAACUGGAUUGCCCGCAAUGUGAUAGCCCAUGUCCCUGCCACCAACAUCACUUCUAUAGCUGUUGGAUCUGAAGUCCUAAGUGCCCUCCCAAAUGCUGCUCCAGUCCUAGUUUCUGCCCUAAAAUUCAUUCACUCUGCACUUGUCGCGUCUAACCUUGACCGCCAAAUUAAAGUCUCUACUCCACACUCAUCAGCCAUUAUUCUUGACUCCUUUCCACCGUCCCAAGCCUUCUUCAACCGCUCAUGGGACCCUGUCAUGGUUCCCCUGCUCAAAUUUUUGCAGUCUACAGAUUCAUAUCUCAUGCUCAAUGUCUACCCAUAUUAUGAUUACAUGCAAUCAAACGGUGUAAUCCCCUUGGACUAUGCACUUUUCCGCCCUCUCCCUCCAAACAAGGAAGCUGUGGAUGCUAAUACACUACUGCAUUAUACUAAUGUCUUCGAUGCAAUUGUUGACGCAGCGUAUUUUGCAAUGUCCUAUCUAAACUUCACUAAACUCCCCAUUGUAGUGACCGAGUCAGGUUGGCCCUCCAAGGGUGACUCAUCAGAGCCAGAUGCCACACUUGAUAAUGCCAACACUUACAAUAGUAACUUAAUUAGGCAUGUGCUUAACAACACAGGGACUCCUAAGCAUCCUGGGAUUGCUGUUAGUACUUACAUUUAUGAACUCUACAAUGAGGAUUUGAGACCUGGAUCAGUCUCUGAAAAGAAUUGGGGACUUUUUAAUGCAAAUGGAGUGCCAGUUUAUACCUUGCACUUAACAGGUGCUGGAACUGUGUUGGCAAACGACACGACAAAUCAAACUUUUUGUGUUGCGAAGGAGGGUGCUGACCAAAAGAUGCUACAGGCAGCCUUGGACUGGGCUUGUGGACCGGGGAAAGUUGAUUGCUCACCUUUGCUGCAGGGGCAACCAUGUUAUGAGCCAGAUAAUGUGCUUACACACGCAACAUAUGCUGUCAAUGCCUAUUUUCAGCGGAUGGCUAAGUCUCCUGGGACUUGUGAUUUCAAAGGGGUGGCUACGGUUACUACCACAGACCCAAGUCAUGGCACUUGUAUAUUUCCAGGAAGUGGUGGAAGAAACAGCAGUUUCAUCAAUGGCACAUCACUGGCUCCAUCUUCAAAUUCCACAACUUCUGGGUGCCUUUCACUAUUUUUCUACAGUGGCGGUUCCUUCACAAGCUCUGUGAUCAUUGGUCUCUUAGUUUUGAGUGCAGUUUUCUUGUAGAACGACAUGAAUUUGUAUUUUCUGCAACUCUUUUGAUAGAACUGAAAUAUUUUUCAGAGAUUCAGCUUGGCACCUGUUGGGAAACUUGCAGCAGUACCCAAUUUUGUACCCUCCCAAGAGGAAUUAGGGGGUGGCAAGCUUGAUUGAACAUAUAUAGCCAGCAAAGUGGUUGAAAGUGAGUUGUCCAUUGGAAUUUGUAGAAACAAAUCAGAGGGGAUCAUUUAGGAUUAUUUUCUGUAACUACCUCAUUUGCGUGAUUUUCCAUCAAAGGUAAAAAUUCUUUAUGCUUGACUUCAAUUCGUCGGUGAUGAAUUGAAGAGAUGUAUUAUACCUGUGGACAAUUCAAGCGUAUCUUCAUGUAAAUCUGCCUGUUAAUCUUUC